AUGGUGAGAGUGCCUAUUUUCAAGAGUCCCAUUAGCGGAAAAACACCUAAAGAUGAACCCAUCAAAUCCGAAGACGACCUAGCCCCAGGCAUAAUUUCCGACAAAGACGCAGCACUCCAUCUAGAACCCAUUCCCAACAAAGCACUCCUCGUCAAGAUCCAGCCUCCCAAGAAACCAUCAGUCAAAAUUCCCCACGUGCCAUGCGACAUCGUCCUAGUCAUCGACGUCUCAGGCAGUAUGGGCGAAGCAGCCCCAGUGCCAGGUGAGACUGACGAAGGUACUGGACUUUCUGUUCUGGAUCUUACGAAACAUGCUGCGAGAACAAUCAUUGAGAGUAUGAAUGAGAAUGAUAGGUUGAGUAUUGUCACUUUUGCGUCAAAGGCAAGAGUAGUACAGCCGCUUUUGUCGAUGGGCAAAGUGAAUAAGGCAAAGUCCAUUAAGAAUGUUCAGAGUAUGAAACCUCUUGAUGCGACAAAUUUAUGGCAGGGCAUGUUGGAGGGUAUUAAGCGAUUUAAGCCGGAGGAGGGGUCUACAAAUGUCCCUGCUAUCAUGGUCCUCACAGACGGUAUGCCCAACCAUAUGAACCCUGCGGCUGGCUUCGUACCCAAGAUUCGCGCUAUGGGCUCUCUUCCAGCAUCAAUCCACACCUUUGGGUUCGGCUACAGUUUGCGUUCCGGUCUUCUCAAAUCCAUCGCUGAGAUUGGAGGCGGUAACUACGCCUUCAUCCCGGACGCAGGCAUGAUCGGUACAGUCUUUGUUCAUGCCGUCGCUAACUUGCAAAGUACCUUUGCAACACGCGCAGUACUUAAACUUACAUAUUCCAAGCCUUUGGAGCUGUAUCAAACCACUGGUCCUUCUGUCCAACAAGACACUAUCAAGUCUGCGGAUGAUUCGGAGAAUAGCGUGACAGAGAUGACUAUACAUCUUGGAAAUCUACAGUUCGGCCAGUCGCGCGACGUCUUUUUGGAGAUGAAGAGUGGCAAGGAGGUGGAAUUUCUGAUUGAGACGGAUCCUUCACGUUCCAUUGUGGAGGCUUAUUUGACGUACAUUAAGCCUGGGAAUGACAUCAAGAGCCGCAUUGCGGUCAUGGAGUCAAAAGAAUCAGCCUUCGUCCCCAUGGCCACCGCCCAGCGCAGUGUUCUUGAGCACACUGACCUCCCCGCUUCAGAGAUCGCAUACCAUGAGUCCAGAUCUAUGAUCUGCCACUUCAUUUCAAACCUUUUCACUUUCCAGCGUGACGAUGAACGCGUGAUGCUAGGCGAUAUCAACAGAACGGACAAGAUGGGGCAGCUCAAGACCCUCAUCACCAUACUCCCUGCAAAGGACUUUGACGACGAGAAGAAUAAGUCUCUCAUGCAGGACAUCUCGCCCGAGGAGCCCAAGGGACAGGUUUUCCUGGCGAUUGAGAGCACUGAAUACUUGUGGAAAUGGGGAUGUCAUUUCCUACCAUCUUUGCUCAAUGCGCAUACUCGCCAGGUAUGCAACUCGUUCAAGGAUCCUGGACCUCUGCAGUAUGGAACGGAGAGUCCCCUUUUCAUAUCCUGUCGUAAUUCGCUUGAUCAAAUCUUCGACGAUCUCCCCGUUCCAGAACCAUCAAUCGAUAUUCGCUCGCACUCCGGAAUAUCUCCUGUCGUCGCCAAAGCCAGGGCCAAGGUUCCUGUAAGCAUGAGUGUUUAUCGCAACAGCGCAGGCGUCUGCUUCGCAGCAUCAACAGAAGUAACUUUAGCUUCCGGUCGCAUCGUACAAAUGCGCAAACUGCGUCGUGGAAUGAAAGUCCGUACACCCCGUGGAUCGCGCCGUGUCGCAAUGGUUCUCAAAACACCCGUCGAGCAAGAAGUUCUCUGCCGCGUCGGCUCCAUCCUCGUGACACCAUGGCAUCCUAUUUCCAGUGACAGCAAGCGCUGGGACUUUCCCGCCAACGAAGCUACAGCGAUUGUAAUGUAUACAGGCUGUAUUUACUCCAUUCUUCUAGAACGCGAUGCAACUGUUGCUGCUCAUGCUAUUCGUGUUGGAGAUAUGUGGGGUGUUACUUUGGGUCAUGGAGUUACGGCUGGGAAUGAUCGAGACCCCAUUUUCAGCACACCCCCACCGAUGACGUCCGAGGCAAAAAUGACGGACUUCCGAACCCUCAACACCAACUUUCUCGGCUCCGGCGCUCUCCAUUACCAAUCCAACUUCUUCACUUUCUGUAAUAACCUCCAACGCCCCUCAGCCGCCCAGACGUAUCUCGACAACGUCGCGCCAAUUACGAUCCAAGCGUUAAGUUCUCACACACAGCACAAUGUCAUUACCGGCCAGAAUAUUACCGAGGUUACGGCCCUUCCUCUCAACAUCACGAACAAUCGCUCAUACUACGACACUAUCUUGCAAAGUCCCUCAACUCAACCCGCCGAUAAACCCGAAGUACCGCCCAAAUCCGCCGACGAAAGCGUUCAAGACGAAUUUCCUACCAAACAAGCUACACAAACACCGCAAGAAAAGGCACGGCUGGUAUUUGGUUCGCGCGUGCUGGGUCAGGCAGAGAAGGACGAAAGAUUAGCUACGCGGAAAGCAAAAGCGACAUACAUCGCCGGUGUUCUCGUGCCGCCGAAACCCGAAGAGCCGGAUAAUUGCUGCAUGAGCGGGUGUGUGAACUGCGUGUAUGAUCAAUACAGAGAUGAGCUGGAAGAGUGGCAAUUAAAGAAUGCCGAGGCGCAGGCUGCGCUGAAGAAGCAUGAGGGGUCUGUGGAUGCGGACGGGGGAGGCUCGGAGGCUAAUUGGAAGGUGGGCGAGGCCAAGAUUGCGAAGGACUUUUGGGACGACGAGUUGUAUGCGAGCUUGCCGGUUGGAAUUAGAGAGUUUAUGAAGACGGAGAAGCAGUUGAAGCAGAAGCAUGAGAGUGAGGGGCCGAAAGAGGGUUGA